GUUUCCGCAUCAUAUCUUUCGACCGGCAAGUAUGCACAAUGGUGCAACAGGAAGUUCACUGGUUUCUUCCUCGCAUCUUCUUGAAGCAACGUGGGAAAAUGCGCUCUCCCAUUUCCGCCGUGCUCUCAUGGAGUGUGGAUCUCCUUUAAAUUUGGAGCACUCUCAACGGAUCGGUUUACUUUUCGCAAAACGAGUUGGCGACUCGGAGGAAUUGAAGAAGUGGGCGUCCAUUUUCGACGCUGAAAACGUCCCCACAACAGCAUUACUCUUGAAAGCUUUGGUGAAUCACAACCAGUGGAAGACAGCUAUACAAUUACUCGAGCUAAACAAAGAUGCUAGCGCAUCGAAGGAACUAGCCAAAGUACUGGCGCAGAAUUUAACACGAAUAGGUUUAUGGCAAGAAACGCUGUCCCUCACCUCACUUCUUUCGCAACAUAAAUCAGACGAUUCUUCUCAAGAAUCUCUAGAACCCACCGCAGCCUCAUCGUUACUGUUAACUGAGCAGAAAAAUAGUGACAGCUACCAAAUGGCAACAAACCCUGCGUUUUUGCCAGACGAAGAGCAGACUAGCUACUGCGGCUUUGUCGCGGCGGUUGCACAAGGGUUUCCACAUCGACGCGACUGGGAAAAGGCGCACGCAGUUCUUCACGAGCUCCAGCAAGUCACGGAUUUCAAGACGCAAUUAAAGCUUUUCGAAUACGACAUUGCCCGACUGGUGCAUGAUGGACAACAGUAUGAAGUGGUGGUGGAACGGAGUCGUACAGACUCUCGCUUUCGUACCUCGCCUUCGCUUCUCCGAUCUUUGCUGCAUUGCGCGCUCGCUCUGAGAGACAGGUCAUUGGGCAUGCAAAGUGUUGAACUUCUCUGUUCAAUGGGUCCUUCCGCCAUUUCUGUGAGGAUGUUUGAGAGUGCGUGCAUGCUCUUCAUUUCAAGCGACACCGAGUACAGCAAAAGCGACUUGGUCCAGUUUGAAUCAGUUGUCUGCUAUUACGCAAAUUACAUCCUGAAGCCUGAGAUUCAAAAACUGGUUGCUGUCUUUUGUGCUGAUUAUGAUCUUCAAAUACCAGUUUUUGUCUCUGCCAAUACCGGUGCGUCGUUGCCAGACGGUAAAACACCUUCACUGCAAGCUGCGAGAACUGUGACUCAGCUUGACCGAAUGGCCACAAUACUUUUGAGUCAGGGCCGAUGGAAGGAAGCCCUGCAGGUAGCUGAUCAGAUUACAAGCCGAACAGCACAGAAUGAGAGUGAGGAAGUUAUUAUUAAAAUGCUUCGUGCUAAUAGCGGCUCGUGGGAAAAAACCUUGCAAUUUUUUGCGGAUUGA